GUGAACGCACACGCACAGAUUAUGCAGAGUAUGUUAUGGACGCAUUUCAUCUUUGAUGCAUCAUUUUCUUCAAGGCUGCAUGGAUACACUUUAUCAUGAAACUCGUUGAGGUUUUACUAAUUUACGCGAGAGCAAUGAAUCAAUCCACAGCGCAUCAGCACAGGGGUUGGUAAUCCCUCUUCCGAAUGGGAGCGUCGACAACUCAUGCUGUAGACUCUGUGGCAUGUACUGGAGCUCGUAUUGGUAAUUAAACAGUACGGGACGAAGAGACUGGUGCUAUAUUUCUCAAUUUGGAAAGUGUAGCUUCAGUCGGUUUGUUUGGGGAGUUAUUCAAGCCGAGAAGUGUUUUUAUUGGAAAGUAUUCGUAUACUACUUUUUCUGAGGUUUGAAGGGGAAAGAUAUCGAAAUAUCUGUCAAUGGGUUUCAGUUCGAAAAAGAGGAUGCUUCGCUAUACAUGAACUACAAACAUUGGGACCACUCUAAAGUCUUGUGAAACGCAGUAUGGACACCUUUGGAAACACCACAACAUUUAGAUGCCUGCUGUUAUCUUUCAGCGCAACAAAAUCUUUCAAUUUUCGAAUUGGACGUGCGUAAUGGACAUUUCGCGUGUAACUUUGUAGGGAUCUGGAGACUCAUUUGUUAGAUUACCAUUCACUGCUCAUAUGAGGGCGAAAAUAGGAAAUUAUCCUUGUGGCAAAAUUGAAAACCAUGGUUGUCAUGCUGUAAUAGAAGCCUGGAAUAAGCUGUGCAGUACUAUUCCCCUCUGGACCUCAAACCUGAAUGCUUAACUGACCAACAAAGCUUUGACAGGAAAAAAGUUAACACACACUGGAAAUCAAUACAACACAUGCUGUGCUUCGUCUCACUGGGAGUCUGCAAACGCCUUGGCCUUUAUCUCAUUGAGUUGCGAAUUUCUAAGGCAGAGACAAAAACAUAUGGCAUGAAGAAGGGAUAUUGACUUGUUGUCCAUGACUGGACCGGUUGAAAAGGACUCCCCACCUGAUGUGGAUCAUGUUAACAUUCUAGCUCACUCUCAACAUCAACAUGGCUGGACCGCCCAGGCUUUGACUCUGAAACCAAAUGAAAUAACCCCUGGUUCAGCUUUAAGCUAGAACAGAGCGAGCCAUCCCUGUGUAUUACUAUCAUCUCUGAGUGUGGACUCACUGAGGGUUAUUGAAGAGGAUGAGACCAUGAAAGCAGCAGUUGAUAGGGAGCCGUGGUCUGGGGUGUUGUGCUCGGCCUGGCUGGAGUGGAGAUAAGAGCUUGGGCGAGCGAGAAAGCAGAGGUUUGAUGAGACCAGAGCAGAAUACAAAUCAGCGUCUGCCGUCCCUCCGCCGGACUUCAGCGUCAAACCAAUAUUAGUGUGUCUACUGAAUUAAUAAUGCCAACAGUUGUGCAUUGAAAGGUACGAGUAUAACCAAAAUCUAUAAUAUAAAACUAAAUAGCAGUCAUCACUUUUGAGACGAUCAAAACGGAGAUAAACAAAUAACCCAGUGUGUCUUCAAGACUGAAAUAAGGGAUAAAGGAUCCAUCGCGUCCCAUGGAUACGUGUGACAACCAAAAGUGACAUCCAUCGAUGCAGCCCUCUUUACCAUGCGGAGAAGACAACGUGAAGCGUAGGCUCUGAUCGAUUGAGGUGAUGUGCCUCAUCUAGACCUGGAACAAAGGGUUACAGGGGAACGGCGAGAUGGAUCAGGAUAAUAGCUCCAUUGAUUCAAUCUUCACCAAUGCCACAGAGAGACCCAAAACUUCAGAGGCACACUGGGACGAGGCCAUUCUCCUAGGUCUGCAGAUCUCCCUGUCGGCCAUCCUGGCCAUCAUCACCCUGGCCACCGUAUUGUCCAACGCCUUUGUUAUUGCCACCAUCUUCCUGACCCGGAAGCUGCACACGCCAGCCAAUUUUCUGAUCGGUUCGCUAGCCGUGACAGAUCUACUGGUGUCCAUCCUGGUCAUGCCUAUCAGCAUCGUGUACACGGUGAGUAAGACCUGGUCCCUGGGGCAGAUCGUCUGCGACAUCUGGCUGUCAUCAGAUAUCACCUUUUGCACCGCCUCCAUCCUGCACCUGUGUGUCAUUGCGCUGGACCGCUACUGGGCCAUCACUGAUGCCCUGGAGUACUCCAAGCGCCGGACGAUGCGUCGAGCGGGCCUGAUGAUAGCGGUGGUGUGGGUGAUCUCCAUCUCUAUCUCUAUACCGCCACUCUUCUGGAGGCAGGCCAAGGCCAAUGAGGAAGUGAUGGAGUGCCUGGUAAACACAGACCAGAUCUCCUACACGCUCUACUCCACCUUUGGGGCCUUCUACGUGCCCACCGUGCUGCUGAUCAUCCUCUAUGGCCGGAUCUACGUGGCCGCCCGCUCGCGCAUCUUCAAGACUCCAGUGUCGUCCGGCAAGCGUUUCACCACGGCCCAUCUCAUCCAGACGUCAGCCGGCUCCUCCCUCUGCUCCAUCAACUCUUCCGCCUCCAAUCAGGAAAGCCACCUGCAACCUGGAGGGGGAACCAGCGGAGGUGGAGGAGGAGGCAGAGGUGGGUCGCCUCUCUUCAAUAGCGUGAAGGUGAAGCUGGCAGACAGCGUGCUGGAGAGGAAGCGUCUGUGCGCCGCCCGGGAGAAGAAGGCCACCAAGACGCUGGGCAUCAUCCUGGGAGCCUUCAUCGUGUGCUGGCUGCCUUUCUUUGUGGGUACCCUGGUACUGGCCAUCUGCAAAGAAUGCUGGUUCCACCCAGUGCUCUUCGACGUGUUCACCUGGCUUGGCUACCUGAACUCGCUCAUCAAUCCCGUCAUCUACACCGCCUUCAAUGACGAGUUCAAACUGGCCUUCCACAAACUCAUCAAGUUCAAGAGAUGCUACUGAGGGAAUGCGAGGAUUGAACAUUCAAAAUUUAAAUCCAUAACCUAUUCUCUUGCCUUACUUAGUAAAUACCGGUAUGAUAAUAUAGGGCCUAUUCAUAGAAACACUGUACUGUUGCAUUAGUUCAUGUUGUAAACACACAUGCUCAUUGUGUUUGGUCUCUGUACAUUUUUCUGUACAUUGGAACUUCAUUGACUGGCUUGUGAGGUGCCACAGCUCUUUCAGAUAUUUCCUUCAUACAGAUGUAUGCAUGCAUUUCUAAAAGAAGAGAGAGUAAAACAUAUUCAGACUACAAAACUAAUUAUAAAUGAGAGUUUGGGUUUGUAUAUUACAGACCCCAAAAGAACAGACUUAUCAUACAUUGAGACAAAUGAAUGAGACUACGCAGUAUGAGACUGGGAUCUCCUUUGGAUGGUAGACAUGAGGGGAUUGAUCCAUGGAUUAUAACUGAGAAGCGGAUUAUAAACCCCCAUCGUACUGGAAAAGCCAUAGCAUGUUGUCACAGAAAUGUCACAUUACAGAGGCUCAUCGUCCAUAACACGUCUGUGGUACAGUACAAUAGAGACAUAUAUAAAGAUUAAGUCUUACGCUCUUUAUGUGUAUGCGUUUGUUUCUGUGUGGAGGAGUUGUCAC